CAUCAAAUGUAAUAUAAAAGAACCUCUCAUUUCCAACCAAAAACAACAAACGAAUGAAGCACACAGAAUGGUGAGCAUUCAAUCUCGAUACACUGUGUUCCCCUCAGAAACCACCCCCAACGAAACACUCUUCUCCCUGUGCGAGCAAAUCAAGCUUCGCACCCAUGCACCACUCCUUUACGUCUUCAAGCCACACCCUCAUCACGAUGCAUCAAGUUUUGUCAACAUUCUGAGGCAUGCUCUAAGCAAAGCCUUGACGAUCUAUUACCCAGUUGCGGGUAGGUUGAGUUGGAUCCAAGGGGGACGAUGGGAGCUUCAUUGCAAUGCCAAGGGUGCCCAAAUAUUGGAAGCCAUUUGCAAAGACGUGACUUUGGAUGAUUUGGGUGAUUUUGUGCCUACCCAUUUGGUGUCACAGCUCAUACCAAACAUCGACUAUGAUGUUCCCAUUGAGGACACGCCAUUGUUGGUUGCGCAGCUUACGAGGUUCCCUUGUGGCGGCGUUACCAUUGGGGUGGCUUUGUGUCGAGGGGCCAUCGACGGAAUCGCAACCAUGCGGUUCAUGAACACGUGGGCCAAGUUGGCUCGUGGGGAGAACGUGGAAAAGGCACCGUGCCAUGAUCGAAAUGUUUUGAAUUCGUACAAGGGUAACUCCGGGUUGCACGAUCAUUCGGAGUUUCACCCUCCUCCUCCUUGGUUAGGUCCCUUGGAGAAAGACACCAAGGUGGCGGUUGCAACAGUGAAGCUCACGGGUGAACAAGUGAAGAAGCUCAAGCACAAGGGGAAUCUCGCGAACACUGGUCCUAGUUCACAACAACGUUAUUCAACUUUUGAGGUUGUUUCAGGGCACUUGUGGAGGUGUGUGAGUAAAGCACGUUAUGCAGGGAAAAGAGAGCAACCUACGAGGUUGACCACUUUGGUUAAUUGUAGGCACCGAAUGAAGCCACCACUUCCUGAAGAUUAUGCAGGGAACACAGCAUUUCCGACAGUGACACCAACAUGUUCUUUCGGUGAAAUCAUGCAGAGGCCAUUGAGUUAUGCGGUUGGGAACGUUAGGGUUGCGCUUGAAAGAGUAACCGGGGAGUUUGUGGAGUCUGCACUUGAUCACAUAGAUAGGGAGAAAGACAUGAAUUUGAUUAGGUAUAAUUUUCACUACCCUGCCCCAAGUGUGCACAAGGGAGCAUACAAGGGGAACCCGAAUCUUUUUGUUGUGAGUUGGAUGAAUUUCUCGUUCAAGGAUGCGGAUUUUGGAUGGGGAGAACCCUUGUAUUUUGGCCCUGGAUUCAUGGAUUCUGAAGGAAAAGCAUUUCUUUUGAAUGAGGCUAAUGGGGAUGGCAUCAUUGUGGCCAUUUCCCUCGAAGCAUCUCACAUGGAUGCUUUCAAGAAAUUUUUUUACGCUGAUAUCGAGCAGGAAUCUCUCAUUUCCAAACUGUGACGUGUUUGGUUGUUUUUCAAACACUCUGGAUAAACAAUUUUUGGAAAGAAUCAUUUUGUCGCUUAUCUGCCUAAAAAAAUAUAUCUUUAAUGAUAUUUUAUUUCUGAGUUUGUCUGUUGUUCUACCUGAAACUUGGUCGGGGCUGUUUGGUUUGACGCAUCUCAUCACGUGGAUGCUUUCGAAGAGGAUUUUCCUAUUUCCAAAAUGAAUACAUUAUUAUUGCAGUUGGGUUAUGUAAAAUUUGACCCCGCAAUUUCCUUUCUUAAACUGAGUUCAUGUUUUCAAACAAGGCUUUGUCAUAGUUGGUUGGCAAAGAAACUCUGCCAACAUCUUUGAAUAGAACAUAAUCUUAGUUAGAAAAUUUUCUAUUGAAUCUUUCCGCAAGAAACGUAUUUGUCUUCCUACGAGUGAGUAGGACAAUAAGACAAUUGUCUAUGGUAUUAUUGUUUAAAUAUUUAUCUGUGAUAUCACGUUUAAUAUAAAAUCUUAUUUUAAUA